UUAUUAUUAUUAAAUUUAUUCGUAAGCAUUGAAACAUCUUUAAAUGUCCCAUGUAUACAGAUUAGAAUGGUUACACUAGUUAGAAAGAGACGAACCAAGAUUUAUGACCUCUCACUCGGCGCGCGCUUUGUCGCACAGUAGGCUUUCCAGUUGUACGUAGUACUUAUUAAUUCCAUGCUCAAACCUAAGAAAGUGACAACUAUUGACAACUGACACAAGUUGCAAGUGACAGCCACGCACCAAGGAAGGCUCAAGCGAAUUCACGUUCACUCACACAUUCGAUUUCAUUCGAAGGAAUCGGGAUUCACGGACAUGGAGAGUUGUGUAAUUGUGAAUUAUUGUUAGUUAAAUACUUUUAAAUUAGGAGAAACGUUAUUGAAACCGUUUGUUGGUGUUUAAAUGUGAGCGUUAUUGGGUGUGUCACGUCAGGCCUGAUCUUGCUACUAGAAGCAUAGUUUAGUUUUGUUGAGAUACCUGCCUCCUGUUGUGACAUUUGAGAGCAUGUCGAACUGGGUCGGGUAUGCGAUAUCUGUAAACUGCGGCGAACCUCUGGGUUGCUAUCAGGGCACUAUUCUGGAGGCUGAUGGGAGCACUAUUACUUUAACAAAAGCCUUUAGAAAUGGCUUUCCUUACCCGAAAUCACAAGUGACUCUAAAUGCGGCUGAUAUCAAAGAUCUGAAGAUAAUCGAGAGCCGUCCAGAGCCAGCAGAGCAGACACACAGCACAGUGGCCGUUACCAAGGGCUUAAAGAAGGCACAGAGAGCUACAGUAUGUGAGAAUCUGCAGGCAAACCCCACCAGUUCAGGGAACCAGAGCAGCGCCGCCGGCGGCAGCGGCGCCGCCAGCAGCGCGGCCGCCCCCCCCGCCCGCCCCCGCGCCGCGCCCGCGCGCAGCAAGCCCAUCGACAUCCAGCGCGCCGCCCGCAGCGCCAGCCUCGCCGGCAGCUACGGCAAUGCCAGCUCCACGCCCAAGGGCCGCGGCCCCGCCAACGUGUACGAGAAGGCGCGCCGCCGGAACGAGGCCUGCUUCGGCGACCUGGCCGACGCAGAGCUCGACGACGACUUCGACUUCGAGGGCAACCUAGCGUUGUUCAACAAGCGCGCGCUGUGGGAGGAGCUGCGCAACUCGCACAAGCCCGACGUGGUGCGCCAGGCCGACCACCUGGGCAAGUUCCGCCACGACGAGAACGUGCUGGGCCCCGCGCCCGCGCCGCGCCGCGCCAUCCGCCUGCCCGAGCCCGCGCCCGCGCUGCUCGUCACCGACGAGGGGCUGGGCGUGCCCGCGGCGCCCGCGCGGCUGCGGGCGGCGCUGUGGCGGGCACUGGCGCGGCGCGGGCUGCGCGACCAGGCCGACACGCUGCUGGCGCGCGCCGCCGCCGACGUGGCGCUGCGCCUGGCGGGCGGUGGCCGGCGCCUCGACCCGCGCAACGCGCACCAGGCGCCCACCGUGGUGGCGCUGGCCGGCCCGCACGCCGCCGGCGCCGCGGGGCUGGCGGCCGCGCGGCUGCUGGCCAGCCACGGCGCUCGCGCCGCCGCGCUGCUGGCCGCGCCCGCGCCGCCCGACUGCGCGGCGCUGCGGCGCGAGCUGGCGGCGCUGGCGCCGAGCGGCGUGGCGCUGGCGGCGGAGCCGGGCGCGCUGCCGGGCGCGGACGUGGUGCUGCUGGCGCUGUCGGACCCGGCGCAGGAGCCGGCGGGCGAGCUGGGCGCGGCGCUGGAGUGGGCGGCGCGGGCGCGGGGCGCGGUGCUGGCGCUGGAGCCGCCGAGCGCGGGCUGGGCGGGCGUGUCGUGCCGCGCGGCGGUGCUGGGCGGGCUGCCGGCGGCGCUGGCGCCGGAGCUGGGCCUGCAGUACUUGGCGGACGUGUGCGUGCCGCAGGCCGUGUUCGCGGAGCUGGGUAUUCAGUACCGGCCGCCGUUCGGCGCGUCGCCGGUGCUGGCGCUGCACCCGGCCACGGACUGACUGCCGCCGCUCGCCUGCACGAGUUCGCUUCGGUUACUCGAUCAUUACUCUCUCGCCGACUCUCCCGAUGUAUAGGUGAGAUACUCACAUUGACAGAUGUAACACUCCUGUGAUAAUUUCUUCUUCGAUGUUUAUUUAAUUGUGCAACGGAGUAGCGAUUUUGACAUUGUACUAUAAAUAUUUAAAAUGAAAAUGCCGAAGAUAUCUGUAAUGAAUAGUAAUGUAGAUGAGAGCAACGCUCGACAACAGUACAACGUACUCGCUCCUGCACAAAUGUAAACUCGUAUUACGUAAACGACGAACCAGUAAACCAAAUUGUUUUAAUCGACAUAUUAUGUGAUGUGUUAUAUUUUUGAUAGUAAAAUUAUAAUGUAGAAGUA